AUGGCGCUUGGCAGUGAAAAUAACUUAUACCAAAGACAACAGCAAACUACACACCAAAUCUUGAAAACUCGCACGGUGCAUCAGCCACAGCACAGGCGUAUUGCACCUGCAAUAACGGCACGCUCUUCGUACACUGCAAUGCCUUAUACGAAACCAAUUGCAAUGAGCACGGGCACCACUCUGGAUUCUAAUAACCCAUCGGUAAUACGUCGUAACGCACGUGAACGUAAUCGUGUUAAGCAAGUAAAUAAUGGUUUUCUGAAUUUGAGACAACACAUACCACCAGCAAUUGUGGCGGAUCUAAGCAAUGGGCGCCGUGGCAUUGGACCUGGUGCAAAUAAGAAACUAAGCAAAGUGGAUACUUUACGCAUGGCUGUGGAAUACAUAAGACGUUUACAGCAUGUCAUUGACGAAGUGGAUAGUGAUGCUGGCAGUGUGAGUUCAUAUAAUAGUUGUGGUUCUUCUACUAGCAGCACGCCCCCACCAACACAAUUUCUGUAUUCAGCGGUACCGUCUGGCUCUAAUUAUUAUCAAAUACCGCAACAACAACAUGAUUACUAUGGUCUAAGCUAUGCGGGUACUUUUGGCAAGGAGAAUCAACAACAUCAAUUACCACAAAAUAUGCAAAUGAUUUCGCCGGCUGCGUCCAUUGGUUCCUCAAACUACAGUACUGAAAGUUAUCAACAUUCUCCAGUGUAUGCUCCAAAUAUCAAUUCACAUAACGCGGCCGUUAAAUUUGAGCAAUCUUAUGAAGAAUAUUCGAAUACAUCAGCAGAUGACGAAGAACUGCUAGACUACAUAUCGCUGUGGCAAGAAGAUAUGUAA